UACACUUUGGCACUUGUCCAGUUGCGAUGUCACUACAUAAAGCUACAUAUCAUGCUGGAGAUAAAACUGCAAAAAUUCACUGCUGCUAACGCUGCUCCAUUGUUACCAACUUCCAAAUGUUUGCUUAGCCUCUGGAUGUGCUGGUAAUUGGCUUGAUCUUGAGCUACUUAUUUUUCCUCAAUGGGAGUUCUUGGCUCUAAGCGGCCUCAUUUGAAGACUGCGUCUGUAAUGAUGAUUGGCCUCGAUGCUACGGGAAAGUCACUUUUACUGUAUCGGUUAAAGCUGGGAAAGGUCAUCUCAAGUGUCCCAACGAUUGGCUUCAAUGUGUGCAUGAUUGAAGCAUUGAAAGGGUUCUCUCUGACAAUCUGGGAUGUUGGAGGACAGAAGCAGAUGAGACAGCACUGGAAGCAUUACUGUCAGGACAUGGCUGGAGUUGUAUAUGUGGUAGACAGCACUGACAAAAGUCGACUAAAGGAGUCUAAGAGGGAGCUGGAGCUGAUCCUUAAAAGUGAGCACUUAAAGGCGGUUCCAUUAGUUCUCCUGGCAAACAAGCAAGACAUUCCUGGAGCCUUGAAUGCGGCUGAAAUCACCAAGGAGUUCAAGCUGAAGAAACUGUGCAGUGACAGGGACUGGUAUGUGCAACCGUGCUCAGCUGUGUCUGGGGCUGGCUUGGAAGAAGGCCUCAAAAAGAUAGCAGAGCUUGUCAAAAUGAGUGUGACUUCAAAAGCUGAGCAAUUUAUAGGCCCUGCUAAAAAUGCCAAACCAUAAACCUGCUCCAGAUAAAGUUCAGGAAAUACAGUAUGUGAAAAAUGAACAUCCUCUUCAGGACACAGCUGAAUAAAAAGUGAAAUGAAGUUUGCUAAACUGGUCAAACUGUACAACAUCUCACUUUCCUUGAACUUUUUGGGAGUACUUAACAGUUUCACAGAACUCUGUACCUUACGUCUGUGUGUUUCCAUUGUAAAUGCACAUGAAGGAACAGAAGAGAAAUAGGGAAUUCAGAAGCAAAAGGACUAAAAAUAAACUAAGCUCCAAAUAAAUGUGUAAAAUGAUUUAACCACUGAACAGGCAAUGACCAUGGACCAGUACCUAUGACUUGUAUAGUAGCACAUUGAAUAAGUCUCUGUAAACAAUGGAGUGCUUUAGAGUUGUAGCAAAAUGUAAAAACAUCUGAGAUGAGAAACAAAGGUAAGAUUUGAGGUUGUUUACUGUUGUUCUAGGUAGAAUUAAGAAAAUGAAUGCAACAAUUACUUAAUUGUAAAUUUGUGAGUUUUAAA